AUGGCGCGCGGGAGGCCGCGGCCGAUCGCCGAGCUCGCCCGCCGCGUGCGGGCCCUGCGCGAGCAGCGGGAGCGGCCGCGGGACGCGCCGCGCCGCGCGCUGGACCCCGAGGCGCUGCCCGCCCGGGCGCGGCCCGACGCGCGCCGCGAGAGCCGCCUGCUGCCGCUGCUGCGCCGCCUGCCGCUGCUCGGCCUGGGCCGCCUGGUCACGCGCAAGUCCUGGCUGUGGCGGCACGACGGCCCGAGCUACUGGCGCCUCACGCGCGUGCGGCCCGACGGCGCGGCGCAGGGCCUGGACGGCGGCAGGGCCUGGGGCGUCCUGACCUUCAGAGGCAGGACGGAGCGCGCGCCGCGGGAGAUCGCGCAGGCCGCGCACCACGACUGGCGGCUGGUGCCCAGGCACGCCGAGGCGGCCUUCACCGCGCCCGCGCCCGCGCCCGCGCCCGGCCCCCGCGCCGCGCCCUACCCGCCGCUCCUGCGCGCCAUGAUCCUCGCCGAGCGGCAGAAGAGCGGGGACCGCGGCGCGGAGGAGCCGGCGCUGAGCCUGGGGCGCGCCCCCGGGGACCCCUGGGACUACCCCGCGCCGCCGGGGCGCAGGCGGGCCGGGGGCGCGCCCGUCUAG